UACCUACUAACCUCAUCCCGCCCCCUUGACCUGUCUGUCCUCCCUGGACUGACCUAUCUCCUUCCUAACUCCCCACCUACACUCACCUUUACUGGCUCCAUCCCCGCCUCUUUGACCUGUCUGUUUCCUCUCCACCUAUCUUCUCCUCUAUCCAUCUUCUAUCCGCCUCCCCGUCUCUCCCUAUUUAUUUCAGAACCCCCUUCCCCUCCCCCAUUUCUGAUGAAGGGUCUAGGCCUGAAACGUCAGCCUCAUUGCUCCUCUGAUGCUGCUUGGCCUGCUGUGUUCAUCCAGCUCUGCACCUUGUUGUCUCAGAUUCUCCAGCAUCUUCAGUUCCUACUAUCUCUGAAGCGCGUAAUAACAUCUCGGUCUCACUUGGAGGAGGGAGCGAGAGAGGGGAAAAAACAGUAACGUAGUAGUCAGACGCUGUGCCGAAAUCGUGGAAGAAGGCGCCACCUAAACGGUUGUUGUUGUUGUUGUUGUAGUAGUAUUAGCGGUCACCACGGUGACGUUUCCUGUCAGGCGAGUUGUGCGGCCGCCUGUCUACGAGGUCACGUGGGGGAAGCGGGGUCCUGCGCGACUCGGGGCGGGAGUGAACGCGGUGACGUUGCGGCGCACGCGCGCUCCACCCCGCCACCUUGACCCCGCCCUUCUCCCUCUCUCUCUCUGUCCGGCUCGCGGUGAGUACAGGCCGGACCGGCGGGUUAUCCGAGCCCCAUCGCCGCCAUCCUCGGCUCCAGCCGCCCGCGGGAGCCCGCGAUCGUACCGGCCGCCACUAACAAUCACACUCUGCUUUAUAUUGUAGCACGAAACCGCCGCCUUCCGGCGCAACCAGACCCGCAGCGCGAUGGCCGAGGAAUGCAUAACAGCAGGUGGUGUUAUGGAUGUGAAUACUGCACUUCAGGAAGUGUUGAAAACUGCAUACAUCCAUGAUGGCUUGUGUUGUGGUCUCCGGGAGGCUGUCAAGGUACUGGACAAGCGACAGGCUCACUUGUGUGUCCUGGCAGCCAAUUGUGAUGAGGCACAGUAUGUUAAAUUGGUAGAAGCACUCUGUGCUGAACAUGGGAUCCACCUGAUGAAGGUUGAUGACAACAAGAAGCUUGGUGAAUGGGUAGGUCUUUGCAAAAUAGACCGAGAAGGGAAGCCCCGCAAGGUUGUAGGCUGUAGCUGUGUUGUUGUCAAGGAUUAUGGGAAAGACUCUCAAGCCAAGGAUGUCAUUGACAAUUAUUUCCGAGGAAAGUGAUAUAUUUCAUAAAUAAAUAAAAAGGAAAAUUUAA